CUGUCAAAUUGUCAACCAUCGUUCAUUCUGUCUUGUCUUUUCUUCCGAUUUCUUCAUGGCGCGUUUUAGCAAUAAAAGCAUGGCAUUUUUGUUAUAACAGUGAAUUAAGCAUAUUUAAUAAAGUAAUUACAGUUUUUAUAUAGUGCAAAAGUAAAUAUAGUUGGCUGGUGCUGGAAACAUUAGCAAACUGUUUACCUCACUUUUAGGUUAUGUUAGAACCGUGUCCAUAUUUUGUAAUUAAAGAUAAUUCGAAAUGACUGAGGGAGAUUCUAAUACCAACUGUCGGGUGGUGGCGAUACCACACCCGUUUGUGAAGAGGAAAAUAGAAUGCGCUGGUUCAGCAUUCUUGAGAUAUUUCAACAUAAAAUGCCACGGUGAGGAUGCCUCGUUCCAGACGUCGGAUUUGAAGGAGAAGGCAGAAGAGGUGACUUUUGAGGAUGACGUCGAGUACUUAAGGAGCUUAGACCCGAAGGACUGGAAACAACAAGACCACUAUGCAGUGCUAGGUAUGAAGAAUCUCCGUUACAAGGCCACAGACGACGAUAUCAAACGAGCUUACCGCCAGAAGGUGUUGAGACAUCACCCGGACAAGCGCAAAGCGCAGGGUGAAGAGAUUCGUAGUGACGACGACUAUUUUACUUGUAUAACAAAGGCUUACGAGACACUUGGCACUCCUAUCAAAAGAAGAUCGUAUGACUCGGUGGACCCUCAAGUAGAUGACUCUCUGCCAUCUAGCAGUGAGAUUAAAAAGGAUGGUUUCUAUAAAGCGUUUGCAAAGUACUUUGAAGGGAAUGCUCGCUGGUCCGAGAAGAGAAAUGUGCCUUUGUUAGGUGAUGAAAACAGUCCUAGAGAACAAGUGGAGAGGUUUUAUGCGUUCUGGUAUGAGUUUGAUUCUUGGCGUGAGUUCUCGUACAUGGACGAGGAGGAGAAAGAGAGGGGGGCUGACCGCGAGGAGAGGAGAUGGAUAGAGAAACAGAACAAAGCGGCUCGGGCCAAACUAAAAAAGGAAGAAAUGGCCAGGAUACGCAGCUUGGUUGACUUAGCUUAUGCAAAUGAUCCGCGAAUCCAGCGUUUCAAACAAGAGGAUAAGGACAAGAAAUUAGCAGCCAAAAGAGCUAGACAGGACGCCGUGCAAGCGAAGAAAGCGGAAGAAGAGCGUCUCAUCAAGGAGGCGCUGGCGGCCAAGCAGAAGGCCGAGGAGGCAGAGCGCGCGCGAAUCGAGGCCGCGCGCGCCGAGCGCGAGCAGCAGAAGAAAACCCUGCGCAAGGAGCGCAAGGCCCUUCGCGACCUCUGCAAGGCCAACAGCUACUACGCCAGCAACGACGACGAAACCGUCGCACACAUGGCAGCCGUCGAAAAGAUCUGCGAAAUGAUGAAAGUCGUCGAACUACAAGAUCUAAUGAAAGACCUCGAAUCUAAAGGCAGGGACGCCUUCUUAAACACGAUCAGGGAAACCGACGAGAAACUCGAAGCCGAGAGGAAAGCCCUGUUCGAUACUAAACAAGUCGAGGAGCAGAAAACUAAAAAGGAAUCUGCGGUCCGAACACCCAUUGAAUGGACUCCGGAAAUGACGCAGCUCCUGAUCAAAGCUGUAAACUUGUUCCCGGCCGGUACGAACCAGAGAUGGGAGGUGGUCGCUAACUUCUUAAAUCAACACAGCACUUUCACUGAUGACAAACGGUUCGCCGCUAAAGAGGUCCUGAACAAAGCUAAGGAUCUGCAGAGUUCAGACUUCUCUAAAAGCAGCCUCAAAAAGGCUGCCAAUGAGGAAGCCUAUGAUCAAUUUGAGAAGGAGAGGAAGAAAGUUAUUAAUAUUGUAGAUGACAGUGGCAUAUCCAAGAGUGACAGUGGCACCAAGAUGGUUAAUGGGACAUCCAAGCCCAAACUUGAGGAGCAACCGAAACCUGAGAAAGAAGCCGCUAAAGAAGACAGAGCCUGGACCAAGACCGAACAAGAAUUAUUGGAGCAAGCCAUUAAAACGUUCCCUGUCAGCACACCUGAAAGGUGGGAGAAGAUAGCCGAUUGCAUCCCUAACCGUACCAAAAAAGACUGCAUGAAGAGAUACAAGGAACUAGUAGAAUUAGUUAAAGCAAAAAAACAAGCCGCUAAUUUAGCUAAAUAACGUUUACAGCUCAUUAGCUCUGUAUCAAAUUAUAAACAUAUUUUGGUGGUGGAUCAUCAACAGUAUUGCUACUAUAAUGUAACAUUUGAGAAUAUAAAAAAUCCCAUUAGUUUAUGCCCAGUCAUGUAUUGAUUUCUCUCUUUUUGUCAUUGAUAGAUAAUUUAUUAGCAAGUCCAUUCACAGUGCCUAGAAUUGUUAUAUUGUAUUAGUAAAUUGUUGCUCACACAUCAAUACUGCUGGUAUUGUGUGUGCUCGACUGAUGAUCCUACCACUCAGACUCACACAUCGCCUUACUUACAAAUUCUUCAAUGAAGAGUUAAAAUUAUAUUAAAGACAGCACUGGAAUUCCUUAUUGUAUAGUGAAGCUUGCAUGUAUUUUGCAGUCGAGAUAUUUUAUAACGAUAGGUGAUGUCACCUAUUUCACAAAAUUCAUCCAAAUCCAACAAUGUGACCAUCACGUGCAGUAAUUAGAUCCUCUUGUGACAUAUUUUUGUAUUUAUUUUUGUUUAAAGUGAUGAACAUAGUCAAUUUGAAAUUUUA